AGAAACGCGUUUCAUAUGACUGGGUUCAAACAUAAAAUAAAACGUAGCAACAGCAGUUACAAAGCAACCAAGCAGUUCAGACUUCAGAAGAGGAGACGAUGGAAGAGCCCGUGAAGGAACAGGCCCUCUCUUCUGGUAACUCUGCCAGACCCAAUCUUCAGAGGUACGCGCUUCGUUCCUCCUCUAAAGUUAAGGACAACAAGCCAGACGCACCCCUCUCCUCUGACUCCAAAAGAGGGUUGAAUACUCCACGUGUGAGCAAAAGUGUAGUUGGUCUUGAUUUCUCUGGCAAGGACAAGUCUACUAGUGCUAAGCCACCAAGAAGGCUUUCCAUUCCUGUCAAAAAAGCAUCUGCAACUCCUAAUUCAAAGUCUGUUUGCAACAUUACCCCAAUCUCAGAGGCUAGAGCAAUGAGGUCUGGUAAUCAAAGUAGAAGCCAAACACCUGCUUCUGAGAUUUCUAGAACAUCGGGAAGAAAGAAGUUCAAUCUCAUAUCUUCUUCUUCAUAUUGGCUAAAGCAGAUUAUGCUCUCUGAGUCUGCUUCCAUGCACACAAUUUCACUUGGAUUAUUCAAACUUGCUUUGGAGGCAAGAUGUGAGCCGUUCCAGAAGAUGGAAGAUGAGCUAAAAUCAUAUGUUAAGCGACAUGAGCUCGCUGAGCUUGGAGAACCAGUGAAAGAACUGUUUCAAAGCUAUGGUAUUGCAGAAUAUAUAGAGCAGGCCCAAAUGUCUGAAAGCAUUUCACUGCCACAAGUGUCUGAGAGCAUUUCACAGAUGCCAGAGGAGGGAGCUCGAUCCUCUGAUGAUGAAGUACACUGCUGUUCUUCAUCCGUUAUGGACACUGCAAAACCGAAACCCGAAAUCAUGGACACUGAAUCCACUCAACUUACUCCUGUUACAACAGAGUCAACCAAGAAGGAAACUAGCCAAAAGAAUAACCCCGGAUCCAGGUUGAGAGAAAAUCUCAAAAAGAACUCUGCAAGUUCAAAAUCUGCUUCUGAAAGUGGGAGUUGUAGGUUGGUUAAAAAGCCACAGAAGCCAACUAAGCAGCAAAGCAAUAAGGAAAAGAGUGAGGUCAAGAAACAAGGAAAGAAGUCCGAUGUUAUAAAAGUUCCAACCAGCCCUUCACUUGCUGAAGACAAUGCACAGGGAAACAAAGAAAAUAUGGACGUUCAGACCACCGAUGAGAUCAGUUUGACAGAAGUCGCGUAAACUGAUCAGCUUGCAGAUGUGAAAUUUUUUUUUAUUCUCAAACUUUGUCUACAGUGUUUUAUGUGUGUGCAGUUUGCCUCUCUACAGGAAGACAGAUGAAAAUUGUUUGAUCGGCUGGCAAUAGGCAUAUUUUGUGCUUGUGUUCUUAUGUGUAAUUGUGAAUCAAACCAAACUGUAUUGAAUAUUCCGGUUUGUCUAGUCUAUAUAGGUGCUUUUAGAAUAUAUUAUAUGCUAUAAGACGAAUAGAUUUCUGACAUAAUAUGCAUCCAUGUUCAUAAGUUUGUUAUUU